CAAACCUGCUCGGGCGGCUGUUUACUUCAACACGCAGCCGCUGUUAUUUGUCCAAGCAUGUCGAAACCGGCAGCAAGCAGCGCGAAACGUCGCCAUCGACGGUACUGUUGCGUUGUGAAUUGUCACGAACAGGAAGGGCUCAACCCCGGCGUGAGCUUCUACAGGUUUCCAUCCAAACCGCACGAAGUCGAGCAGAGGGAACGCUGGAUACGAGCCGCCCAGCGCACUGAACCCGAUGGCAAGCCUUGGCAGCCGACACAAAACUCGAGGAUGUGUAGCCGGCACUUCGUCGGCAACAAGAAGAGCAACUGCGUGGGCCAUCCAGCCUACGUACCUACCAUUUUUCCCCCGGCGUACAAACGACCGCUCCCACUCGACUCAUCAAGUGGCUUGGAACGUUUUGACAGAUGGCGGAAAAGACUUCAGAAAGCACCGGCAGUUCCAGCGCUGCACAGUGAGCCCUCAACAUCAGGCACGGCCGCCACAACACCAGUCACGGUCGCCACAUCGGGCACGGCCGCCACAACAUCAGUCACAGCCGUCGCAUCAAGCACAGCCAUCACGACAUCAAGCACAGCUCCCACAGCCUCAAGCACCGCACCGAGCCCAGUUUCCACCAGCGUGCCCCCGACAUCAAGUCCUACAUGCCAGCCAACAUCCAGUGCUGAAAAUCAUAAUAUCUCUGGUCCUGCUGAUCAGGAAGGAGAGUGGUCCUCGAUGGACAUUGAAGAGGACCAACUCAUCGGUGAGUGCAGCAUGGUAAGUAAAGUAAUAUCACGAGAUAGCCGAACAAAGAUCGAGAGCAGGAAAAGUAAGAAGUGGGCACACUUUUGGUGCAGAGCAGAAAAAAAGCUAAAAAUGUUGUAGGGUCAAUGGCACAAAGUUUCUGGUUACGAGCUUGUGAGUUUGUUUAUUUGGGAUUGAGUUGGCGACCAAAACUAUUUGCAACCUUCAUGUUUGCCUCUAAACCCCGUGGGCUGUCAAACCUCUUACUGCGUUGUGGGCUGACUGAGCCAAAGACAACCAUUUUCUUUGUUCCCCACAGUUCACUUACCUUCCCUCGUAACUUGCCCUGUUUCUGCAGAGGUCUCUGACUCGGGCAGUGCAAUUUUUAGGCAUUUGAAAAUAAAAACCAGGGUGGGGCAUUUGACAGUUGAACACCUCUACUACUAAAUGGCCUGUUUAACAAAGAUGAUCUGGCCUCACUCAGGUUGCUGCCUGAACCAGGGCAAUGGCUACAAUGAAGUGACUGUUAAAAUGAAGUGGUUUUAUGGUACCAAACAUUUAGUUGUACAAGUGUUCGACUGUACAACAGUGGCCAGGUUCUUCUUAAUAAUAUAGCUAAAAUUGUGGGCCAGGUUGUCCCAUCUGAACAGGAGCAGCUCACAAGAUCCCUGGGAGUUGGGCCUCAUGCAAGAACCUGCUUCUUUGGUGGCUAUGACAGCAUAAAGCAUAGCCCAGAUGCACUGCGAAGCUUGUGCGGUGUUGACGGCAAUGUGUUUGCUUUGCUGCUUAGCCUACUGCCAACGGUUCGAGACCGGGGGAGUGACGUUACAGUAGAAAACAAAAUGCUGAUCUUCCUCACAAAAAUGAAACUGGGAAUAUCGUUUAGCGCUGUUGGAACUCUCUUCGGGGUCCACGAGACCACUGCCUGCCGUACAUUUUAUGCUGUGCUGUGCACCUUGGCAGAGGUCACUAAAGGUUGGAUCAGUAAGCCUCCUGUGAGCAACAUCAAGCUUGCGCAGCCGCUUUGUUUUCAGGAAAACUAUCCGGAGUGCACUCUCAUUGUAGAUUGCACAGAGAUAAAAACGGAGACACCCCCCAACAUUAGGCAGCAGCACGUACUGUACUCCUCGUACAAAGGAUGCUACACACUGAAAUUCCUUGUUGGAAUCAUCCCCAAUGGAAUGGUGGUGUUCAGGUCCAAACCGUACGGUGGUCGAUGUUCAGACACAUACAUCACACUAAACUCUGGAUUUUUGAAUGUGCUCGAAAGCGACGACAUGGUUCUUGCAGACAAGGGAUUUCCUGGCAUUCGCGCUUCUCUUGCCGACAGGGGGGUCAUCCUUGUAAUGCCACCAUUCUCGGCGGGAAGCAACGUUCCAUUCACUACCGAGGAAAUGGAAGAGACCUACGCAGUUGCUUCGGUGCGCAUUCAUGUGGAAAGGAUGAUUCAAAGAAUUAAGCUCUACGACAUCCUUAACCACCGAGUUCCCAUUUCACUGAUACCAGCAAUGGGAGACAUUUUCCACAUGUGCUGUGUUUUGGCCAACCUUCAGCCACACAUUAUCAGCUCGUAGCCUGUGAACUAACUUGAGAACCCUUAGGAACCUUUCAUUUUUUUUAAAUUUUAUUUUCAUGAACUUCGUUGGUUUUUUGGCAGCACUUUAAUUUUUGUGAGGAUGCAACAUUUGCAGAUUGAAGACAAUUUGCAAAAGAUUGAUCUCGCGAAGAAACAGUUCCAUGGUGGCAAGUACAAAACAUACCAUUUUGGAUCGCAUAAAUUUGUGCCCACAAAAUAUCUCGCAAACAGGCAUGUUGAGAAAAUCGCGAAAUAUUGAGGUAGUGAAUAUGUGCUCAUUUAUAGUAUGAUUUUUUUUUUUUUUUUUAUUAUUAUGGAGCUUAAAGGGGUUUGUAACGAUUUCUGGACUUCGGUCAAAAAAUUGUGGAAGUUGCCCUCCGACACUUCUGAAGUAAAGACCAGAAAACCGAUUUUGCCUGCGUGUCCUAGUUGUGGCGUAAAAAAAAGAUAAAUAUUGGCAUUUCGGGCACCCUUCAACUCACUCCCAGUCUCCAGGGUCACACUCCUAGUGACGUCAUUCGGAGUGCCGUGUAGGUUACCCUGUGGUAUCUCGGAGGACGCUUCCUCUCCCUGUCUCUGCUGACAUUAGCGGGCAUUAGGCUGCAGGUUAGAGCUGAGCGAGGUCACGUAACCUUCUAGCCGUAGUUCCUUCAGCUGCCACUCCGGGCUGCAGGUGGGGGAAAAAGCUCGGCUUUUGCUUUGCGAUUAUGCAGCGGAAUCGCAACAUUUUGAAUGAAAGUGAUGUUUUCUCUAUUCUCCGGGACGCGAUAAACAAUGUGAAAAUGACGAGAUGCAAAUUUUUUUUAACCAUAAAAUCGUUGCACGCCCCCUUUUAUCUGAGAAGUGUGAGUUAUACAAAGGUGCAACUUGCGCCAACUUUACAUAUAGAUGGCCAUUUAUAGGGAAUGGAACUUGUUCGAUUCCAAGGCCGAAAACCAGCUGUUCUGUGCACCUUGUAUCUGGAGAAGUAAAUGCGUACUCGUCAUAACAGACCACGCCUGCUGUUUUGUACCGUCACUCUUUCAAGUGGCAAGUGCAAAACAAAUAGUUUAGCUUUAUUAUUGGCCACCAUGUGGCUCUUGCCUGGGUAGUACUACCUAUCCAUUGGGCAUGAUUCCAAUACAAUUUGACCACCAAAACAUAUUUCAGCAAUAUGGCAAACUUCCGUGCCUCAAGUGAUAGUGCAUAGAGCUAGCUCAAGUCAAAGUCAAAUUUGGGGGUUUUACGUGCCAAACCAACAACGGGCAUCUGGCACGCCCCAGCGGAGGGCUGAGGAUUAAUUUGGACCACCUGGGGAUCUUUUGACGUGCAACCGAAAGCUCGGUUACAUGGCGCCUUCUCCGCAAUAAGCUUCCGCCAGAUUGCGGGCAUAGAGCUAGCUCUCAUAUGCAGUGGGUCUAGUUGUGCAUAAUCAAAUAGAAACAACUGCCUAUCAAAUCUCUCUAGCUAUCCAAAUGUGUGCUUGUACAAGCAUUAUUCAAAUGAACAGAAAUAGUUUGUGCACCAUGUUUGUGAAAGUUUAUACCUUCAGAGACGCUGUCCUUGCACUAGUCGAAUGGGAGUAUAUCAAGGCACCGACUCGGCCCUUGUGCACCACCAAGGUGAGUGAAAUUUAAGGUGGGCAUUUGUCCAGUGCAGCAAGACCACUGACUCAUUGUUUGUAACCUAAUGAAUGAACUAGUGGAAAUGCAGCCUGCUUAUAUGUGUAUGCUUCAAGUGUUGUGCACUUGCAUGGCAAUUGGGGUUGCAUAAUAAUGCAUUGAAUGUUACGGAAGAGGCAUUUCUGGCUUUCUGUCUGCUUGUGUGCAUAUGGGCUCGUAAUCUUUAUAAUGCUGCAUGACAUUGCUGUGUAUGGUUUUAGUUAUUGACAAUUGGGAAUGCACAAUGAUUUUGUGAAUGUUGCAAUAGAGCUAAUUUUAGUUUCCUGUCUGUUAUUGUGCUUACGUGCUCACAGUCUCUAUAACCCUGCACGAGCUUGCUUUCUGUGUGGUGUUUGUUACACAUAAAAUCUGAUAAAUAUGUAAUUUUUCCAUCCAAUAAACGUUAUAAGAUCAAACUUUGUGUGAUACUCAAUGGCUGUACAUGUGUACAUUCCUCCAGCAAUCAACACUUGGCAAGGUGUCCACGGGCACAAGAAUCUCCCCCCAAAUAUUGUUUUUAGAAACAUUGUGUGUUGAUUUUAUUGGCACUUAUAAACACAAGAACUAUGGCAGAUUUUGCAUUAAAUAUGAGUUCUCAAGAAGUAGCUGUGACCAAGAAAGAUUUUGGGUGUAAAAGAAUAAAAAAACGCUUAAGCUUUGAGAAAACUCAAAAUGAAAUCCUUCAUCUCCACUUGACAGCUAUCACAACAUUUUUCUUUGGUGAGUGAGUUUUUCUUAGUUAAACCGACCAAAAGGAAAACCAACAUAUAUGCAAAUGUUUCGUGGCCAUCUUUAAAAUAAAUGAUUUUUUUACAAAAAUAAUUAUUUAGGUUGUAAAGGUUUAGAAAACUAGCUAUUUACACCCAAAUAAAUUCGAAACUUCAGCAAAAAA